UUUGCUAGGAUCAACAUAUAAUUGCAAAGAUGGUGUCUUCAAGUGCAGUCACCACCAAGGUGACAACUGGAUCUCCUUACCAGCUUGAUCAGAACCAGGUCUCCAGAGCCUCGUCUGCGCUUUUGCGACACAUCAAGACGCAGCAGGUGGACAAGGAAAAGACGGCGACCAAGAAGACCCUCAUUGGCGACAACGAUGAUGAUUCUGACGCCGAGGAUAUCCCCCUCAACAACGAAGCGGUUUGGCUCGUCCUCACCACGAAAAAGCACGUUGUCGACAAGAACCGCCUGAAGCCGGGGAAAAUCACCAUUCCUCACUCUCUCAACGCCUCUCCCUCCCUCAGCGUCUGCCUGAUCACGGCGGACCCGCAGCGCGCCGUCAAGAACAUCGUUGCCGACGAAUCUUUCCCUCAGCAUCUGACCUCCCGCAUCGACAAGGUGAUCGGUUUCUCGAAAUUGAAGUCUCGCUACCAGAGCUUUGAGAGCCGGCGACAGCUGUUCUCCGAGCAUGAUGUUUUCCUGGCCGAUGACCGGAUAAUCAUGCGUCUGGUCAAGACUCUUGGCAAGAUUUUCUACAAGUCGAGCAAGCGCCCGAUCCCCGUUCGCAUCGCCGAGAUCGAGAAGGUGGACGGCAAGAAGGUGAAGAAGGACCCGAAGCAGAGGUCUAAGCCCAAUGCGGAGGACAGCGCUUUCGCGUCGCCCGCGAUCGUUGCCAAGGAGAUUGAGAAGGCGCUGAACUCGGCCGCCGUGCAGCUUGCCCCGGCCACUACUGCUGCCAUCCGCGUCGGCUCCUCUAACUUCACUCCCCAGCAACUGUCCGAGAACGUCGAAGCCGUUGUGAAGGGCUUGACGGACAAGUUCAUCACGAAGGGCUGGAAGAACAUCAAGGCGCUCCACGUCAAGGGCGCGAACACCAUGGCCAUGCCGAUCUGGCUCGCCAGUGAGCUCUGGGUGGAAGAGGGCGAUGUGGUGGAGAAGACCGCCGAUGACGACAAGGCCAUUGAGGGCGCCAAGAACGACAAGAAGCGCAAGCAGAUCGAAGCCGGAGAGGGAGAGAAGAUCUCGGAGGGUGGCAAGAAGUCGAAGAAGCCCAAGGCCGUCGACGACGACGAAGCCGCCUCGUUGAGCGCACGGAAGGAGAAGCUCCAGAAGCAGAAGGCCAAGGCCCUGCAGGACGGUGAGGAGUCCGGUCGCAAAGCCGCCGCCACCCCAGCCAAAGCAGAGGCCGGGUCUACGAAGAAAAAGAGAAAGUCCACCUCAUAAGAAAUGUGCCUCCGGCGUUUUUUUAAUGUAAUGUGUUUUAUCCAUAGCAACUCUGGGUUCUGCGGCGGCGUACCGAUAUUGUCACAUGUCUCGAUUUUUUUUGAGUUUCAUCAUGUACUUAGAGAUAUAGGGCUUGUUUUCCAAUACCCGCUUUUUUAAGACAGAAAAAAAGUUAUGCUAGUUG